GGGGUUUGGACGGGGGGGAUCUGAUUUUAGGAGAGUUUGAAGAGCGAAUACAGAGAUAUUAUGCUGCACCGUGAAGAGACACAGGCACUGGUUGUUGUGGAGCUGAUGGUUAUGCCAAGCUUCGGGUUAUUAGGAGACAUGCUGCCGCUGUAGUUGAUGUUAUAAUAGAAACCAGGCGUUUGCUCUAUGAGAGAGGCUUGUUUUUUGUAUUGAACUGGAUAUCGAAGUGAGGAGGGAGAGCGAGCAACAAGUGGAAUCUGGUGUGGAGAGGCUGAGAUUUCUCACCAUCACCAGCUGUUAUGGAAGAGCACAAGGAGCCCAGCAGCGGCCGGGACUCGACCGAGGACGAGAGCAUGUCCCUGUCGCCGAACCUCCCAUCCCCUGCCAUGAUCCUACCCCAUCCGGCCGCGCAGCAGGCCCACAGAACCACGAACUUUUUCAUCGACAACAUCCUCCGGCCGGACUUCGGCUGCAGGAAGGAGCCGAGCUACCGCGAGCGCAGCCAGACGCCGGGCAGGGAGAACGUGAACCCGCUGGGAGCGAGGCCGCCGCACGCCGGCAGCCUCUGCCUGGACUCCAACUGCAGCAGCGACAGCGCCUCCUCCUCGCCCUCAUCGUCCUCCUCCACGUCCUCGUCGCCCGCAUCCAAGCAGAGCUCGUCGAAGCCAGGCGAGGCGGCCAGCAACGGGGCCGGCAGAUACGCGGACAGUCCGUCGUCGAUUAUGGUUAUGAGCGGAAGCAAUGGAGGCUCUCCAGCGGGAAUGAAGGAGAGCCAGCCGCUGCUGUGGCCCGCCUGGGUUUACUGUACGCGCUACUCGGACCGGCCCUCAUCUGUUUCCACGCCAGGCCCAAGGACACGGAAACUGAAGAAGAAGAAGAACAGCAAGGAGGACAAGCGGCCCAGGACGGCGUUCACGGCUGAGCAGCUGCAGAGACUCAAAACCGAGUUCCAGGCCAACCGGUACAUAACGGAGCAGAGGAGACAGUCCCUCGCCCAGGAACUGAACCUGAACGAGUCCCAGAUCAAAAUCUGGUUCCAGAACAAGAGGGCCAAGAUUAAAAAGGCCAGCGGCUACAAGAACGGCCUAGCGCUGCAGCUCAUGGCGCAGGGACUGUACAACCACUCAACGACCACCGUGCAGGAGGAGAAGGAGGAGAGCGAGUGAGCGGCCCCCGCCCCCCGCCGGACACUUCCCUACUCAGGGGCUGGCUGACUCUGGACUCAUGGAGAUAAAGAAAAAACAACUGAACUGGAAAUGGGGGGGAUCGCUAUUUAAAAACACAGAUUUCUGUUUAUGGUAACAGUAUAUGGACAUAAUUAUAUACAAAAAAAAAAUGAACGACCAUUAUUAAAAUUUAUAUAGCCACACAGUUAUCAUGUUGUAUACAUUACUGCAUAUUGGAUUCCAGGCUCAUUUUCAAUCCACCAUUUAUUAUUUUAAUUUUUUUAUUUUUAUUUUUAAUUUUUAGGGAUGUUUGACUUUCUAGGUUGUCGUGCUCUCCUCGUCCUUCAUGUCUGCACCAUAUUUUCCUUCAACAAACCAGUCCGCCGGACUCAGCCAAGCCAAAGAUUUUUACUAUGUUCACAUGUAGUCUGAAAUAAAACAGAAAAAAGAACAAGAUA